CUCGAUCUGGGUCAUCCUUAAAAUUCUCUCUCUGUCGAUCAAAACUUCACAUCGAAAGAAAAUAAAAAGAGCUAAGAGCAGCUGGGUUUUACAUGUGCUUACUGAAGGUGGCGAACCAAAGGGGCUCAGGAGGCGGCGGUCAAUACGACAGGUUUGACUCUCCAAACGACGCUAGCGAUGUUGAUGCAAAUAUUAAUAACAUUAACUACGGCGGAGGAUUAGAGUUGCCGCCGCCUUAUCAACAACAAGAAGGACAACAACAUGUUUCGCCUUCGACGCCGACAAUGUUUUUGGGGUACAGUCGGUCGGCUACGGAGAUGUCGGCGAUGGUGUCGGCUUUGACGCAAGUCGUUUCGGGACAGAGAGGCAGCGAUAGCCGGGGGCAUAUUGGAAGCGGUGGAGUUACGUCUAGUCUAGGCCAACUUUAUUCUUCUGCAUCUUCAUCUUCUGCUUCUCCUUUGUCAGCUGCUUUUCCUUCAAGUGCUUCUGGUUCUCACUAUUGGGUCGGUCAAAAGAGAGGGCGCGAACAAGAUUUUGCUUCUGCUUCUGCUCAAAGCCAAUUCAUGGAAUCUGGUAAUAGAGCUUUUAGAGGUGGCUAUAGGGAUUACAGAGGAACGCAAUCAGAGUCUUCAUCUGGUGGUGCAACUGUGACAGAAGAAACUACAAAUUUUGCCACCGCCCCCACCACUACGACGGCCACCGUAUCUGCUACCACAGCGGUACCAACCACACCAUCAAGUGCAGAAUCUGUUUCAUUUGAAGAAACUGGCGAGACGAGGAGGAGAUACAGGGGAGUUAGACAGAGGCCGUGGGGUAAAUGGGCAGCUGAGAUACGCGAUCCACACAAAGCUGCAAGAGUCUGGCUCGGCACAUUCGACACGGCGGAAGCCGCCGCCCGAGCCUAUGAUGAAGCUGCUCUAAGAUUCAGAGGAAACAGAGCUAAAUUAAACUUCCCAGAAAACGUCAGACUCAUCCAACCACCAGCAGCUGUCCAAACAUUCAAUUCAAAUUCUAGACCAACACAAUCAGCUCAGCCAUUGCAGCCGCCGCCACAACCGCCACAACAGCAACUCUAUCACUCCCAGCAAGCUUUUCAUCCCUCCUCUGACCUCAUCCGAGAUUACUUUGACUACUCUCAGCUCCUUCAAAACUCCGCCGACUCAAAUUUGCUGGAACAUAUGUACUACUACAAUUCCCAGUUGGUGUCACUUCAAUCUUCUUUGCUACAACCUACAACGUCAUCCACUCCAUCUUCUGCAUUGCCGUCCUCGGCCUCCUCUUCUUCAUUUCCUCUGUUUUUCUCUGAGCAGAAUCAGCAACAGGGUUUUUUCCGGCAGCCACAGGAUCCGAAUCAGGGUGGUUCGUCUGAUUUCCAGGCACCAUCUUGGUCACAUUCCGGCAACAAUCCAUCCUCAUCCGGUUGAUACUUUCAUGAAUACUUUUUUUUUUCUUUCCUUUAUUUUAUUAAUAGAAUAUUUUUCUUGUUACUAGGUUUUGAUUUUAAUAUCAUAAAUACACCAUGUAUUUUGCACGUAGUAUUUUUGUUUUAUUUAUUAA